AUCUUUCUUUUAUCAUUAGUUGUAAAGAAAACUCGAAAAUGUCUACCAAUCGUGCUUUCGAUUCGUGGAAGUAUCGUUUGGUUGUUUGCAUUUUCAUGUUUGUUUCAUUGCUCUCUAUUGAGGUCAAGGCAGCCACAAAGAAAUAUCAAUUUAACGUUCAAGUGACGAAUGUUAGCCGAUUGUGCCACGCCAAACCGAUUGUCACUGUGAAUGGAAUGUUUCCCGGGCCAACGGUCUAUGCACGAGAAGGCGACAGAGUUCUUAUCAAUGUCACAAAUCGCGCGCAAUACAAUAUGUCUAUUCAUUGGCAUGGUUUGAAACAAUAUGCAAAUGGAUGGGCGGAUGGACCAGCAUACAUCACACAAUGCCCAAUUAGGCCCGGGAAUAACUAUGUUUAUGAUUUCACUAUCACGGGCCAAAGAGGGACAUUGUGGUGGCAUGCUCAUAUCUUAUGGCUUAGAGCAACGGUGUAUGGGGCCAUCGUCAUUUUACCAAAACAAACGACGUUGUUCCCAUUCCCACGACCCGAUGGAGAACAAGUUAUUGUGUUUGGUGAAUGGUGGCAUGCCGAUGUUGAAGAGGUUGAGAAGCAAGGCAACGCUUUAGGCCUACCUCCAAAUAUGUCCGAUGCUCACACGAUCAAUGGAAAACCCGGCCCGCUUUUCCCGUGUUCCGAAAAACAUACUUUUGCAAUGGAGGUUGAACAAGGAAAGAAGUACCUUUUGAGAAUCGUCAACGCUGCCCUCAACGACGAGCUAUUUUUUGCCAUUGCCGGGCACAACAUGACAGUGGUGGAGAUCGAUGCAGUUUACACCAAACCCUUCACCACAAACGCUAUACUAAUCGCUCCAGGCCAAACAACGAAUGUCAUCGUGUCGGCUAACCAAGCUCCAGGGCGCUACUUCAUGGCAGUUCGACCAUUCCAAGAUGUUCCCAUUCCAGUUGACAACAAAACCGCCACCGCAAUUCUUCAAUAUAAAAACGUUCCCACCACCAUCAUCCCGACACUCCCGCAUUUACCACUACCAAAUGAUACCGCAUUCGCUUUAAGCUAUAACAAAAAGCUUCUGAGCCUAAACACCCCUAGUUUUCCCGUGAACGUUCCAUUAAAAGUUGAUCGACACUUGUUUUUCACCAUAGGACUAGGAAAGAGUGUUUGUCCCACGUGCAUUAACGGUACUCGGCUUUCGGCAUCAUUGAACAACAUAACAUUUGUAAUGCCACAAGUCGCGCUUCUUCAAGCGCAUUACUUUGAUGUCAAAGGCGUGUUUAGAGCCGACUUUCCUGAUAAUCCUCCCCAGGCCUUCAACUACACUGGUGCCCCCCUCACAGCAAAUCUUUUCACUGCUAAGGGGACACGGUUGAGUAAAAUCGCCUUCAAUUCUACCGUAGAGUUGGUCAUACAAGAUACCAACUUGUUGAGUGUUGAAUCGCACCCUUUUCACCUUCAUGGUUUCAAUUUCUUUGUGGUUGGAACGGGCAUUGGCAACUUCGACCCAUCAAAGGAUCCAACCAAGUAUAACUUGGUUGAUCCUCCAGAGAGGAACACUAUCGGUGUUCCUACUGGCGGCUGGGCCGCCAUUCGAUUUAGGGCUGAUAAUCCAGGUGUUUGGUUUUUUCACUGUCAUUUGGAGUUGCACACUGGAUGGGGAUUGAAAACCGCGUUUUUGGUAGAAGAUGGGCCAGGAAAGGAUCAAGCGGUUCGUCCUCCACCAAAGGAUCUUCCACAAUGUUAAUUAAGGGUUCUUUGCAAUAAGUGUUCAUUUUUCGACAAUGUCUGUGAUUCUUUAAGAUUUAUUAUCCUCCAAGAAUCUAGGAGGUUGCAAUUUAUUUCACAAGUGUGUAUAGUUGAAUUUGUAUCUCGAAAUCAAAUUUGUGGAAAGAAAAGAAUAUUUCCAAUGUA